GACCAUACUUCUUGUUCAGCGCUGUCGUAGUGAUCCGCUCAGUCGCUGUGACAUCAACUAUGCCAGGACACUGGGGGGAUUCAAGCAAAGGCCACCUCCUUGCCUUGAAGAACCGCAAAAGAUUCCCACCGCACAACAAACACAGACAUCAUGCCAAACAAGAAAUCCAAGCCUAAUGCCUCCAAGGGCAAGAGUCCUGCUCAACCGCCUGGUCCGGCCAAGGCGGCGCCCUCUGCACCCGCUGCAGCUGUCGAAGAAACAACUCCCUACAUCCCUCUGACCCUCCCGACGCCGAGCCUCACGGAUGACUUUUGGACGAAGAAUGCCCGCGCGAAAGCUCUGAUCCUGUCAACUUUGGUGCCCGGGAGUGAAGCAUGGAAGAUCGCCGAGCCGAUUGAGAUCGCGUCAGAUAUUUGGAGGGCGCUGGAAAAUUACUUCACUCCAAUGCGGCUGAAGGCAAGGGCAAAACAAGCAAGUGUCGCAAAUCCAAGCAGCGCCAUCCCAGGUGCUACUGCGGGUGCGAGUUCGGUUACCGACGCUGGUGCUGGUGCAAGUAAGAGUGAAGUGGAACUUGUCAAUGGCAAACCCUCAUCGUCUACGAACUCCACCUCAGGCUCUGCUGCAAAGAAGUCACUGGAAAAAGUGGACAAGAGCAUCGAUCUGCCGAAGAACAAACCUCCAAAACAGCAGCAACAGGAAGGAACCACAUCAUCUGGACCUUCGGGUCAGGCCCCUUCGAACGCAGAACAUACUCGCAAAGAGCCACAAACCUUUGACCUCAAGACCUUCGAUCUCGAAAACUUCGACCCCGAAACAUUCGAUUACACGCUUAUCGUAGACGAGGUGGAGAAAGCAGAGCGGGCCUUGGCUGAAAUCAAGGCUGAGGUUCAGGCUGAGCGUCACGGUCGAGUUGAACCAGACCCCGAAGAACAGGCCAAAUUCCAGGCUCGGAUCGAGUCUCUUGCUCAACUUCGGACGGAAAUUCGAGCCUGGUCGGCGGAACAAGCCCAGCUGAAGGCCGAAGGGAGGCAUCCAUCUCAAAUUCCGUGUCAAUGUGACGCCCCAGGUGAAGGCAACUCAGUGGUUAACGCUCAAGCCCCAGUCACAGCUCAAGCUCGAGGCCAAGCUCAGCUUCAGUCGCAAGUUGAGGAUCAACCCAAAGCUCAACCCAAAGCUCCAGCGCCAGCUCCAACUCAACCCAAAUCUCAACCUCCAGCUCCAGCUCGACCCAAAACUCAAGCGCCAGCUCCAGCGCCAGCUCCAGCGCCAGCUUCAGCGCCAGCUCCAGCUCCAACCGACGGGCAAGCUGCGCCCUCCCAACCCGCCGCGCCGGCGAUUCCACGACUGUCGACGCUGACCCCGUCGGGCCGCUGGAAAGCGCACCCGGUCAAGCAUGACAGCUACCUGAGCGAACACCAAGCGCUGGUCUUCGCGCAGGACGACCAGGACCGCAAGAAGCAGAUCCAGGUCGCCGCCACCAAGGUGCUCAUGCAGAAGCUCCCGACGCGCGACCUGAGGCUCUUGUGGGCCGUACUGUACGGCGGCGAGGAGGCCCCGUGGCCCGGAUCGUGCUCGGCCAUCAUCCCCGGCGUGACCACCCUGCAGUGGCAGAACAAGAGCUACGAGAUGGACCACAAGACGCUGGGAUGGAGUUGGAACAGUAAAGGGGAUGAGAAGGGGUGAGAAAGGGGGGUGGGUGGAUCGCCAUGACUGAAAACAAUAAAUUCCACUUGCUGCGUUCAAAGGGUAUCAUCGACAAUGCGACAGGAUCCGAUGCUGAGACCGAGACCCAACUCCUGCGCAGCCAGUGCACGCAGGCACUCUCCGCUUCUUACUCGGCGCGAAACUCAAAAUCCUCCAACCCAAGAGAGCAGCAAUCCCACCAAGACAACCCACAGAGUGCUCGGCACGGUGACCCGGUCAGCAGCACUCUUCUCCCUGAUAUAGGAGACAUUCUGCGCCAACGAGAUGAUAUCCCUCGUUGCAUGUCCCGUCUGUGCCAACUGCCUCAAUUGGUCCCCAAACGUGGCGAGGAUCUUGGUGCUCCGGCCCGCAGGACAAAACACGACUUCGAAUCCUCCGCCCUGGGGAAUGAUGAAGGUGGAGGUCUGGUCGUCAUAGGCAUAGCUGUAUGCAUCGGGACACAGCUUCUUCGCUUGCUGCGAGUAGAGGCUCGGGGAGCAGGUGGCGGGCGUACCGUGAUUACCAGUACAGCAGUACUUAGCUUUGUUCCACUUUGCACAGGCGCUGAGGCAGGGGUUGAAGAUGGGUCGUUGGAUGUUGUCAUCGGGGUAAGGAUAGACGCCGUCGCCCGGCUUGGUGGGCGGAGUGAGUUGCAGCGGCCACGGGCACCAAUCCUGCACGAAGGACGAAGUCACGGCCUGGUCGAGCGGGAGGGGGUACGUGGAAUUUGAGCCAAAGUCGGCGUCCGGGGCGUCACCCACGGGGGCGAGAAGGGACGAGGUGCCGAUGCAGACGGGGUUGGUCAGGUUGGGAGGGAUAUCGGUCAGGUUUGCGUCGCCGGUCUGGCUGAGCAAGGAGAUGAUGCCCAUGGGGAUGUUGUAGCCGUCGACCAGCGAGAUGUCGUAGAAGCACUGGUUGGUGUCGGACGACAUGGUGAACUCGGCCAGUGUUGCUGGUGCUUGACCCUGAAGCAGAGCAUGAUAUCCAAAUCAGCAAAAAUAUCCCACUCAGCAAAAGUCUCCUACAAUAUCCGACUCUCCCUCGACUAAUAUCCUCCCCCGUUCACUCCUGCAAUGUGUGAAGGAAUAGCAGCAGAAGGCACUCACCGCACCCUGACACUCCAAAAACAUCCCGCAGUCCCCGGUCUGGCACGGACUGCCUCCCUGCCCGCUCGCCGGGGCCGGCGCGGACCCCGACCCCGACCCCGUCGUGGGGAAACUGCAGUUCGUGCGCGCCCACACGCGGCCCUUCCAGUCGAGCCCGACGGUCUGCGGGUUCGUGGCACCGGGGGCGAGCAGGAAGCCCGAGCUCGCGGGGCCGGUGCCGGACUGCGUCAGGAUGGCUGGCCAGAUAGGUUCUUUGCAGUUGUUGGUCACGCGCAGGGGGAGCAGGGGGACGUCCCCCGCAGCGGCCGCGGCGGCGAGUUGGACGGUGGAGAGGAGGAGGAGGAGAACGACGACGGCGACGAGGGCGGAGAGCGGGAAUGGUGCGUGGGACGACGUCGUGUGGAAUUGGACAUGGUCUCGUGGGCUGGACAUCUUGGGGUGCUUCUUCCCGUUUGCACACCGGUCUCGGGCCAUAGCUAAUAGCUGGAAAGUGAUGGCAACAGCGAAUACCCCCUUGUGCAUGCACUCACUCUCCCCCUGCGUUCUGGCCUUAUCGAUGAUCC